AUGCGCACGUCCGAGAAAGUCAUAUUACUCUACCUCCAAGCACGACUUUGGUCCGGCAAGAAAUUCUUUGGUUCUCUGGGGCCUAGCGUGACGAGAGUGAGCGGAUGCCGUGUUAACAAAGGUCCAUGUGAAUCAGCGGAGAUUGAAGCCGAGAGAUAUGUUGCACAACGCACCUCCAUACCUGUCCCGAAAGUAUACCACACCUACCAAGUUGAUGGACGUUUCUACGUCGAGAUGGAAUAUGUUAAAGGGGAUACGCUUCAGGCCCUAUGGGCUAGUGGUGCAUUGUCGCCUGAUGAGAAAAAGGCUCUUGUUAUGCAGGUUGCUGGUUACAUUGAUCAACUUCGAAUGCUGAAACCGCCACAUAAAGAGAUUGUCGCUUCCGCAGACCUUGGCCGAUGUCUCGACUACCGAGUGGGAUACCGCCCAUUGGGACCUUUCACCAGCAACGAGGAAUUCCAUCCCUUUCUCCGUGGAUAUAUUCAUUCCGCUGGAUGA